AUGAGCACCUACCUCACGCCCUUCACCCCUCUUCCAUCGCUCUUCGACGGCCCAGCAGCUGCCGACGACCACUCCUCCCUCCUCGCCUUCCUCAUGAACGACGACCUCGCCGCCGCGCCCGACGCCUUCCCUUACUACGGCGGCGCCGAGGCCGCGCCAGCCUUCUUCGGACACGCCGCCGCGCCGUUGCCACCGCCGGUGGUGGCGCCACCAGCGGAAAUGACUGGUCAAGGAAGGAAGCGCGGCUUCGUCCCCGCGGGAGACGACGGCUCGUCGCGGCCGCAGGCGGUCAGGAGGAAGGUGCAGGGUUCGCCGCCCACCUCGCCUGCCCACAGCGGCGGCGACGCUGCGCCAGCGGCAAGGAGCGGGGGCCGGCGGGUGUGGGUGAGGGAGCGGAGCACGGAGUGGUGGGACCGCCUCAGCGGCCCGGCGUGCCCGGACGCCGAGUUCCGCCAGGCCUUCCGCAUGUCGCGCGCCACCUUCGACGCGCUCUGCGACGAGCUCAGCGCCGCCGUCGCCAAGGAGGACACCGCGCUGCGUGCUGCCAUACCCGUGCACCAGCGCGUCGCGGUCUGCCUCUGGCGCCUCGCCACCGGGGAGCCCCUCCGCGAGGUCUCCCGUCGCUUCGGCCUCGGCAUCUCCACCUGCCAUAACAUCGUCCUCCAGGUCUGCGCCGCCCUCACCGCCGUUCUCCUGCCCAAGGCCGUCCGCUGGCCACUGGAAUCCCCCGCCGCCAGGUUCCAGGCCCUGUCCGGGAUCCCCGGCGUCAUCGGCUCCGUCUACACCGACCACAUCCCCAUCGGCCCACCCAAGGACGACGUGGCCGAGUACUACAACCGCCGCCUCACGGAGCGGAACAACAAGGCCUCCUACUCCGUCGCCGUGCAGGCCGUCGUGGACGCUGACGGCGCCUUCACGGACGUGUGCAUCGGCCUCCCUGGCUCGCUGUCCGACGCCGCCGUGCUCGAGAGGUCCGCGCUGCACUCCCGCUGCGAGACCGGCAUGCUCGGAGACGACCAGUGCCGGCUGGUGGGCGGCGCGAGCUACCCGCUCACGGACUGGAUGCUCGUGCCGUACGCGCACCAGAACCUGACAUGGGCGCAGCACGCCUUCAACGAGCGCAUCGCCGCCGCGCGCGCAGCAGCACAGGGCGCCUUCCAGAGGCUCAAGGGGCGGUGGCGCUGCCUGCAGCGCCGCACGGAGCCCAAGCUGCCGGACCUCCACAACAUGAUCGGCGCUUGCUGCGUGCUGCACAACUUCUGCGAACGCAGCGGCGAGGAGUUCGACGCCGACAUCCAGUCCGAACUCUCCCAGCAGGACGAUGCCGACGUGGUCGCCGCUGCCAAUCCAGUGCUGUCCGCAGCGGCCGACAAGGAGCGAGACAGGAUUGCUCACGACCUCCUCCAUGGCGGCCACCCCAGCGUUACAUUCCUCUAG